AUGGCGUCUCGUGGUAUAGUCCGCAACAGCAAGUUUCGGCACGUCUUCGGGCAGGCGCUGAAGCGCGAGAACUGCUACGACAACAUUCGCAUCAGCAAGAACAGCUGGGACUCAAACUUCUGCGCGGUCAAUCCGAAGUUCGUCGCCAUCAUCAUCGAGGCGGCCGGCGGCGGCGCCUUCAUCGUCCUCCCGCUCAGAUCGACCGGCCGCGUCGAUGUGAACCACCCGCUGGUGGCCGGGCACAAGGGCCCGGUGCUGGACAUUCAGUGGUGCCCCUUCAACGACAACGUCAUCGCCAGCUCCAGCGAGGACGCCACGGUGAAGGUGUGGCAGCUGCCCGACUACGGCGUCUCGCGGACGCUGACGGAGCCGGUGGUGGAGCUGCUCGGCCACCAGCGGCGGGUCGGCUUCCUCGCCUGGCACCCCUCCGCCAAUAAUGUGCUGCUCAGCGCGGGCAGCGACUGCAAGAUCAUCAUCUGGAACGUCGGCACGGGGGAGAUGCUCUCCGCCAUCUCACUGCCCGACCUCAUCUUCCACGUCAGCUGGUGCUGGAAUGGCAGCCGCAUCGUGGCCAGCUGCAAGGACAAGAAGAUUCGCAUCUACGACCCGAAGACGGGCGACCUGGAGUCGGAGGGCGACGGGCACGAGGGCGCCAAGCCGCAGCGGGCCAUUUACCUGCGCAACGACCUCAUCCUCACCACGGGCUUCUCGAGGAUGAGCGAGCGGCAGUACUCGCUGCGCAGCGAGGCCGACCUGGGCAACCCGAUCGUCCUCGAGACGCUGGACACCAGCAACGGCGUCCUCUUUCCCUUCUACGACCCGGACGUCAAUCUGCUGUACCUGGUGGCCAAGGGCGACAGCAACAUUCGCUACUUUGAGAUCACCGACGAGGCGCCCUUCGUCCACUACAUCAACACCUACCAGAGCAGCGAGCCGCAGCGAGGUAUCGGCUUCAUGCCGAAGCGGGGCUGUGAUAUCAACUCCAAUGAGAUUGCCCGCCUCUUCAAGCUCCACUCGAAGGGCUUCUGCGAGGUGAUCUCCUUCACGGUGCCAAGAAAGUCUGAACUCUUUCAAGACGAUCUCUACCCGGACACGGCCGGCGACGUGCCCGCACUGACCGCCGAGGAGUGGAUCGGCGGCGAGGACGCGGAGCCU